AAACGGUACCGUUUAUACGAUAUCGUAUACUCGAUAAAUUUACUGAUUUUAUCGCGAGUAUCGCUUGUUUACGAUGAACAGGUUUUUCAUGGAAAUUGUACUAACGAAAGAAUUGGAAAACUAUGCUAAUAGGUGUUUGUAAAUGGAGAAAAUGGAAUGUAAAUAACGAUAGUGAAAUCUAAUCGUUUACACCAUUCGUAUGAGAAAUGAACGGUCGCUGUUAUUUAGUAACUAAAGAAUGAUGCUCACUAAUAAUGAAAUAUACCAUUUUUUCAUAUUUUCCAAAUAAAUCGUGUUAACACAUUGAUGGCCACAAUAGAUACAGACAGGCACUCAUCUGAAUUUUUAUAAAUCUUGUUCUUCCGAGGUCAAUAUACUCAAAGAUUAAAUUUGAAGAAUUCAGACGCUUUUUCGUCCACCAGUGACUUUCAUUUGUUUUGAAAUUUGAAAUUUAUUCUAACGAAUGUGGAGUGUACUUCAAAUUCUUUAUAAUUGCAAAUGAGUCUUUGAUGUACGAUCGCAUUUUAUUCUUCGUGAUUCAUCGAUCUUGUUUCCAGCUCUGUUGAAAGCUCAUUUACUUCGCCGGGAUAUUUAUACCCUUCUCAUUGAAUAAAGAAUAACUGAGGUUUUAUGGUAAUAAAGAGUGAAUGAUGGUGCCAGCAUAGGCGUUGAAGCGAUUUAUAUCGGAAUAAUUGAUACUAAUGACUGUGAUAACUAGAAAAAAAAGUUCCCCACCGGCCGAGGUCGAUUAUUUUCUAAUUCCAAGGUUAACUAGUUCCCAAUUUUUGACGAUUUCUCACGCAAUGAGAAUCACUGUCACACAACAAGUAGUUGCGUAACACCUACACAUACUCGUGUGUACGUGCUUAAAUGACUGUACACUUGUCUUUUCAAGAGAAAAAGAAAAUUUUAAUAAUACAUAUUAUCACAUACUAUCUUCUGUAAAUCAUUGGACGUUGCAAUUUAUAAAAUACGCGGGAACUUAAUACAUCAGGAAGAUUGCAAGAAAAUUGCACUCGCGUUAAUCUCUGCUGGCAAGGAUGAUGUGCAAUUGAAAUGAAGUAAUCUAGAAGAUGAAAGGAUGAAAUUGAUCGAUUUACGUUCGAGGAAACACGUGGUCGCGUGAUUGUAGACAGUGAAAGUGAAAGAUGUUUCAAGCGACCAUAUGAACCACGUGGGUCUGUUUCAAACGUUAAGCGUCUACCGAACCGCAAGUUUACCACACGAUCUUUUCAAUAAAUUUCCUUAAUCGUUUGCGUGUCAUCGUUUAAAAAUUAAUCGUGUGUGCGAAUAUGUACAAGUUCAUAAUUGAAGUUGUAUAGAGGGAUUUCCAUGAAUCGUUUCAUUGAUUCCUUUCACACGAUCACGUAAUCAACAAAAAUUCCAGCCCGAUUCACGGAACUUCCGUAGAAAGUUGCAGUUGUUGGUCCAGGGGUUUACACAAGCCGUCACCGUAAGCCGGUGAAGGAAAAUGGACAUGUUAACUUGUGAGUCAUUUUAUUACAAAUUAUCAGUGCAUCUGUGUUAUUUUAUAAGCGUUAUCCGAAACAAUCCCACAGUUAUUACCACGCAUAUUAAUUUUUCGACUCAACCAGCCGCUCUGAUUUCACUUCGAUUACGCGAUGGUCAUCGAUUACAUAAUUCAUUUCAGCAGUGCCUAAUCAUUCGAUCGAUAUUAUCGUAGAGGGUAGAAACGAAUGGACGAAUCGAGCUAAGUGUCAGUUAAAGAAAAAACGAUCGUUUAUGGAAUAGUGAAAAAGUGGAUGGCCUCGUGUUCGAAUUCAGUCGAAUGCAACGUUUGCUGGUUCACAGUGUAAUAGUAGGUUACAUCUGUAACCAAUAAAAAAUAAAUCGCCGUGUAACAAAGUUUCCACUGUAGCACCGAAUCCGUUAAAACUUCGAACCACGAAAAGAAACAUUUCUCACUACGAUAUUACAGUCCCAUUUACAGCGAAACGAUGACGAAAAUCGUCGGCCGAUUGUUUCGAAAGUCCCGAAAUAUCGUCGAUAGUGAAUUCGUUGCACGCGUUUCAUCGAGGUCACGUAUGUACCGAUGAAAAUGGAGCAGGAGACCAACCACUGGGCCAGGGACCCUCCACAGACUGAAUUUCGAUCGGUACUGGACAGUCGCCAUCCAUCUGGCUCGAUGUCUCGCUCACGUUUAAUCGAAUCGCCAGUUUGAUCGACUACAGUGUAACUCGAACGUACGUACGCGAAUCGGUUUAAUCGAUCAUUUUUCCCGAGUACUGGAAAGUGGAAGCAGUGAAAGCGCGACGAUGGUGUACGAUUGAACAGUGUUUCGGAAAUUUCUGUUUCACGCGUUACUAUUAUGCACACAUGUGAUUUAGGUUUGUGUGGAUGUAGAAUUUUCCGCGAGUCGAUGAUUGGCUAAUCGACAGAGGUAUGUUUUAAAUCGAAUUUAGUCGCGGGUCGAAUACGAAUCGCUUUUAAUCGCGUUCUUUUCCGAUUUUCCUGGCGGAGGACUCGAGUGGGUUACGUGAUGAGAAUGACGCGAACACCGUGUGUGUUUAACUGCUUAUUUCACGAGAAAAUGGCCAACGCCUUCUGCUAACCGUGAUUCUAUUAGUUCGUCGAUUUCCUUCCUUCAUUAUGGUCGAGCUAGUGGAUCGAGUUUCUGCAGCUAUUCUUACCCGGCCAAUUCUACCCGCAAUGCAGGUGUCGUCGAUUAAUUUGUUCCUGACCGGCGUAUCGCUGUUGUGCUACGUCCACCCUCUUUACAGUGACCCCCAGCCGCCAUACUGGAUGAAUUAUGCAACCUACAACCCGGUGGAUCAUCAAUUGCAUCCGAUGCAUCACGUGCAAGUAGUUCCUCAGCGAUAUGAAUCUCCAAUUACUCAUGGAUCUCCAUCGCACGUAACACAGUACGAGCGAAGACCACCUACCUUAGAAUUAAGUCAAUAUCAAAGCCUUCCAGGCUUAGCAAACUAUCCUGAAAGAGUACCUGAAACGAAGUACCUACAACAAAAGCGAUAUUACAAUUACCAUGAUUUUGUACCAAAUAAUCAAAAACAAGAGGAAUCGAAGGAGGUGAAUUUUGAAGAAGAGGAUACAGAGAGCAGUUUGAAAGAAAAAGAGAUUAUGGAGAAAUUGAAACUACUUGAUAAAUUAUUGUCCGAAGAUUCGAGUGAGAAAGAUCUCGAUACGAAUGGGAUCGAAGACAAAAUCAUUCCUGAAGAAUCGAAGAGGGUUGUCAGGGAGGUUCGAAAGCAUAAGCCAGGUUUCUUUUGGACUUUAGCUAGGGUCACGUUCGAAACCAUCAAUGACACGAGAUCAGCGAUCAAACAGAUCAGCGACAUCAUCAACAACAAUAUUGCACCAGACUCGGUUACACAAGCUUCGAUGACAAGUGCUUUGACGGCUGUUGGCUCAGCUAACAUAACCGGAAACGCGACUAGCAAUGCAACGGAAACGUCGACGACCUCGCCGGAGACUACCACCCAAGCAAACUUUGUUUUAACCAGAAACGGACUGCAGAAACUAAUUAGAAGAAACGUUCUGGGUCUUGUUAGAUUGUUCAACAUCGAAUGGAAAGAUGCAUUAAACCAAUCAGAGCUGAACGUGAAAGAGUUUCAAAAGAAUCUGAACAACCAAGUCGGGAUGUAUCUUCAAGACAAUCCAAACGCCUACUGAAGCAAUGUAAAAAGACACACCAGAGGACCCAUCGAUUCGUAGAAAUUAUUCAAUGUACAUUCCAUUAGCGUGUAGCCAAAGACUGUUUACAAACAUAAGCCUAAUUGUCUAUAAUAGAUCAUUCUAUUUUUGUUUCUUUUUUAUGGUUCGAAUUAAAUUAUAUAUUCGAAACUUAA